AAAAAUGUCAAUAAUCAAAAACAUUCGUCAACAUCAAUUAUUGAAGAGCAUCAUCAUCAUCAUCAUCAUCAUAAAAGUGGUUCAAAUGGUUCUAUUGGACGACCAUUUAGUGAAAUGUAUAUCGAUAAAUAUUCAAACGUGACCAUUCUUUAUGCCGAUAUUGUCAAUUCAAUGGCAUUGACACAAACAUUACAAUCGCCUAAAGCAUUAGUUGAAGCAUUGAAUAAUUUAUUCUGUCGAUUUGAUUCUCGUGCUGAGAAUCAUGAUUGUUUACGAAUAAAAUUAUUGGGUGAUUGUUAUUAUUGUAUUAGUGGCAUACCAGAUGAUGAAGAUAAACUUCAUGCAGCCAAUUGUUUACGAAUGGGUUUAGAUAUGCUCGAUAUUAUCAAGGAAUAUCGUCAUGAAACAGGAAUUAAUGUCGAUAUGCGUAUCGGUAUACAUACCGGUAUGAUUUUAUCUGGUUUAUUAGGAUUAAAAAAAUGGCAAUUUGAUAUUUGGUCAAUCGAUACAAUGAAAGCAUCACAAAUGGAACAAGAAGGCCGGCCAGGUUAUGUACAUAUAACGGCAGCUAGUUUACAACAAAUAUCUGUCAAUAUAUUGAAUAAUUUAUCAAUAAUUGAAAAUCAUGUGUUGAAAAAUGAAACAACGUAUCUAAUUCAACGUAUUACAGCCAAAACACAUUAUAAUAAUAAUAAUAAUAAUAAUAAUGUUGUUACACAGACAGAAUUGUUGUCCACAAAUAAUAAUAAUCAUAAUCAUUUAAUAACCAAAGAGCAAUCAGAUUGCACAAAUUCCUCAUCAUCAAUAGAUCCUCAAUUACCUCAUCAUAAUCAUAAUCAUGAACAUAAUCAAAAUGGUUGUAUGCCUCGUUUAAAUCGACAAGUAUCGAUCAUUACGAACAAUGACGAGGAUGUUUUUACCUCAACAAACAACACAAAUCAUUAUCAUCAACAAUCAUAUCGAUCUAGAAAUUGGUCAAGACAAGAUUCAUCACGACGAAGACCAAUGUCUGAAGUGAUCAACUCAUUACGAAAUUAUGGUGAAAUGAUUCGUUGUUCAAAUGAUUCAUUAUCACAGACAAUUGAUAAAAUGUCAUUCAAUCUCAAAAGACAAUAUAAUAUUAAAAAUUCAUCAUUGGAAAUUAAUCCAAUAUUUUUAUAUUUUAUUCAUUCACAAUCACAACAACAGCAACAACAACAAAAUCGAAAUGAUUAUCGAAGACAAUCAUCAUCAUCAUCGACGACAGCAUCGAUUCAUACAAAUUCUGUAUAUGAUGCCGAUAAUAUACCAUGUUGUGGUGGUAGCCAUAAUAAAUCAUCAUCAUCAUCAUCGAAAUCGAUAUGGAAUCAUUUAAAACGUAUACAUAGAAUCGAUCUCAAACGUGAAUUAAAAUAUCUACAACAAGAUGAUCAUCUAUUUCCAUAUUAUCUAAUUGCAUCAUUAAUCAUUACAAUAAUGAUUAUUUUGAUACGUUUUUUAACACUUUAUGAUUAUAAUUAUUAUUCAAAUGAUGAAUGGAAAAAAUUUUUCUGGUCCGAAUCGGGUAAUUGGUUUUGUUAUAUAGCCAUUAUUGUUGCUAUUAUAGCAUUGAUCUAUACAUUGACAAAUAAACAUAAUCAUGAUCAACAACGACAACGACAACGACAACGACAAAGACAAAGACAAAAUAAAUCACAUAAUACAAUGAUUGGUAUUGAAUUUCGUAUGGUUAUCUGGUUAUUGAUACCAUCAUUAUUGAUUGUAAGCACAAUAAUGGAUAUGUCACAUUGUUCAAUGGCACAAAUGCAAGAAAUGAAAAUUCUUGAACACAAUCGAGAUAAUCGUACAAUGACUACUAUUGGUAAAGAAUGUCUUUAUAAAUGGUCUCGUUACUAUACAUAUUCAUCAAUAUUGGCCAUGUCAUCGAUUUCAUUAUUUAUACGUGUAAAUCUAUGGUUUAAAUUCAUCUUGAGUACGGUUGCAUUAGCAUCAAUAUCAUUUGUUAGCUAUCUACAUCCAUGUUCAAUAUUUUUACGUAUCGAUCGUUUUUAUCAAUUACCACGUGAACCUGGACAAUUAAUAUAUGAACAAAAUCAUCAACAACAGCAGCAGCAACAAUUUCUUGGUGAUCUAUUAACACCAACAAUGUCACAUUUACAUUAUCUAUUCAUUGUAUAUUUAAUGUUUCAUGUACUUGAUCGACAAAUUGAAUAUAUUUCACGAUUAGAUUUUCUAUGGGCACAUAAAUUAAAACGUGAACGUCGUGAAGCACGUCUAAUGCGUGAAGUGAAUCAAUUAUUAUUGAAAAAUAUUCUUCCUAUUCAUGUGGCACAAAAAUUUCUAACCAAUCCUGAACAAGCAAAUUCAUUAUAUUAUGAACCAUAUGAUUCAUGUGCUGUAAUGUUUGCGGCGAUACCGAAUUUUUUUCGUUUCUAUACCGAAACCAAAGAUAAUGACGAUGGUCUACAAUAUUUAUAUAUUCUUAAUGAUAUUAUCUGUGAAUUUGACAAGCUACUAAUAUUACCACAAUUUAAACGUCGUAUUGAGAAAAUUAAAACAAUCGGAUCGACAUAUAUGGCUGCUUCUGGUCUUCAACCUGGCCGUGCAUCAAUCGAUAGUUCGAUUACAACGAAACAAGAAGUGACGAAUCUAGUAUUAAUGAUACGUUUUGCAAUGUCAAUGAUACGUGUUUUGAAUCGUUUGAAUUCAAUACCACGUGAUGAACAAACAGUUAAUCAAUGUUUAACGGCUGAUCAACAUUUUAAAUUACGUGUUGGUAUUUCCAUGGGACCAGUGAUUGCCGGUGUUGUUGGCGCUGUUAAACCACAAUAUGAUAUAUGGGGUGAUACAGUAAAUGUUGCUAGCCGUAUGGAUACAUAUGGUGUUGUGGAUAAAAUCCAAAUACCGGAUUAUGUUGCCAAAGUACUUCAAGAUCAUCAAAUAUUUCGACCAUAUUCAAGAGGAAUACAAGAGGUUAAAGGAAAAGGAAAACUUGAAACCUAUUUAAUCGAUUAUGAUGAACAUGAAUGUAUGGAAUAACAUAUACAAACAUUCGAUUCCGGUGUCAAUUUAUCAUCAUUAAUUUUCUCUGUACAUAUAAAACUAUAAUAUUGACGUAAACAAAGUACCAAAAUGUGAUAUUUAUUUAUUUAUUAUUGAGAAAAAAUAAAAAAUAAUUUUUAAAAAUUA